AUGCUCGGCCGCCUCCUCCACCUGGGCUCCGGAGGCUCGGCGACCCUUCAAGCUUCGGCCAGCAGCACCGGCUCCUCUCACCCCAUCCUCUCCCUCGAGUCUGUGCAGGAGGACAUCCACACGCGAAACCUGCUCUUCCCGGAUGCCCACGCUCUCUACCAGCACCGAAACGACCAAGUCUUUCCCCUCUCAUCGGAGCCGGCCACGCCCUCGGCCGCCUCCACCAACGCCUUCGACUACAACGACGACAUCGAGCUCGACGUCCGCGACGUUCGCGUCAUCGUCCUGCAGGAUGCCUUGGGGCCGACCAAUGCCUCCCUCCUGUUCGACAGCCAUCCCCUUCCCGAGACGCUACCCGACCGCUCGCCGCCUCGUCAGGAGCCCCGGAAGGCGCCCCUGUCGCCGCGGAGGGGUAGCCAGACCCAGUCUACCCGCCCGCUCGUCAUCCAGUCGGACAGCUCGCAAGCUCGCCAGGGCGCCUUUGACCGUCGGGCAUCCGUGCACAGCAGGAGCCACAGCUACGCCGAGACCGAUGCCCAGCGGGCCGCCCGUGAAUAUCGCGAGGAGCUAGCCACCUUUUCGAGCUGCAUCUUUGGCAACUCCGAGCUCAUGGCCUACAAAGGCACGUCCACCAAAGUCCACGUCGUCCCGACCGAUUCCCGCCCUACCGACCACGCGCCGCCGUCCGUCGUCGGCGACGGACGAAGUUCCAUCGGUCGUUCGAGCGCCCGCUCGAGCAAGCUGUCGCAGUCCUUCUCCUCUCAGACCGUCUCGCCGAUUCUCGGACCACCACCGCCCCCGUCGACGACCGGCACCUCCUCGCGGCAGUCGGACAAGAAAAAGGUGCUCAUCACGAGGCUCUUCCCCGUCAAUGUCGUCGUCGACGACGCCGACGCCAACCUUGCCGCCCACGGUCGAUUGUCCGACGACAACCCCAGCUUUCCCUUCCCCGCCGCCGGUGACGAUGCGGCGCCGCCGAAGAAGAGAAAGCCCCAACCGAGGCAGCGUCGCACACCCAUGUAUGCCGUCGUCCUCGUCGUGCAGCUGCCUCGCACCUCGUCCCGGGUCGCCUCCUCCACCCCGCUUCGAUCCGUCUUCCGCGAGCCUGGAUCGUACAGCGACCAAGAUUUCUUCUCGUCCUCCUACAGCUCCUCCAAGGCUGGAUGGAACACGCCGGGGCCUGGCGCGUACGCCGACGUGGCCGACUCGGCGUGUUCCAUCGACAUCGAGGACCGCAUCGACUCUCUCACCCAGCACUGGGAUAUCAUCAUGAGGACCUUGACCCACCUUCAGUCCAUCGUUGCCACCACCAUUCACGCCUUGCUGAGGAAGGCCGAUGUUGCCUCUUCGGGACCCCACUCGACUUCGGCAACAUCGUCAAAUCUUGUCCCUCGAACACCUUCCUGGACCGACAGGCGGGUGGAAACGCAACGUCCCAAGCCGUCCAAGAGCACCACCAAGCUCGUCUCCCUCCCGCCGAACCGCCUCGCCGAGGAUGUCAAUAUCGCGUCCGAGGUGGCGCUCGCGAGGAGUCGCGUGGUCAUGGGCCUCGGUGCCGCGAGGGUCGUCACCGGACAGGGCCGUUGGGGCAUCUGGCGCGACGAAGCCAUUUGGACAUCUCGAUGGGCCGCAUCCGUCGACCGCGAUUCAUUCUUCUGCACCCUUCUCACCGCCUUCCUCGCCACUCACACCGACUGGCUGCAGGCUCUUUGCGGCCCCUCGCACAGGAGACGAGCCGCGGCCGCUCGCCGCAACAGGAAUGAGGAGGACCUGUCGUUGCCGGCGCGUACCAUUGUCGUCUCGGAUGACAAGAUGGCGGCUCGACGCAUGAUCUUUCUCCUCUCCGCCUUCCUGCCGGCGAACCAGCAGGUCGCCGCCGCCGCGAGGGGACACCGUCCGAGCACGUCGGCCUCGCUGGGGGGGCAUCCCAACUCACCGCCGACCGUUGUCGUUCCCAUCCUGAGGGAAGAGUCUCUGCGCCGCAAGAUUAACAGGCGAACCGGUCUGAGGCGAGCGUCCCAUUCGAGAACGGCCAGCCAGAGCGCCAGAAGCGCCGCCGUCUCGCCCCAGUUUGCCCAGCUGAACGCGAACCAGCACCAGCGGCGAGCGUCAGAUGCCGCGUCCGUCCGGACCAAUCAUCCGAUGCCGGGCCAGGAUUUUAUCAACCGCAAGAGCGGCGCCGCGACGACGACGACCAUCAUUCCCGAGACCAUCACGACCCCUCACUUCUCCGUCGCCCAGCAGCAGCGCGACAGCCUUCGGAGACGACGGCCGAGCUGCGAGAGCAUCGCCGCCGACGACCUCAAGCGUUCCCUGAAGCGCAGCGAGAGCCACGGGCAGAUACCUUCGACGGGCACGAGAGUCCCGAGCCAGGGCUUGAAGUGGGGCACUCUCAUGAGCGGCCUCUGGAGCUCUCGCCGGAGGGAGUCGAUCGACAACGGAACCGCUGGCCAAGGCAGCGAACUCCGAUCGCCCGUCAAGUCGACCUUUAGUCGUCCCGACAAGCUGUCCGAGAUGGUGCAGGAGGUCUCCUUCGCCGAGGAGGCUGCCGGCGCAGCGUCCGACCGGUUGGAAGGAGCCGCGUCGGACGACGUCCGGAGCUUCGGCGCUUCGCGGGAGGAUUCCGUCCGCGGCCAGGGGGCCUUCGUUCCGGUCGUGGACAGGACGCCUGAUCCCACGGGCGCCUUCGAGUCUCCCGUGAAGACGUCGAUCAAUGCCGACGAUGGCGUCAUCGAGGUCGACAUCCCGUUCCCCGACUACAUCGCCUCCUUCGAAUCGGCCAUCAGCUCGCCCUCCAGCAGCGGAUACUUGUCCACCCCGGGCAUGCCUAGCAGCCUCGAGGCCUUUGAUCAGGCCGCUCGCUUUGCCAUCGACGGAGACUUGCCGCUGAACGCGGCCGGGUGGCUCAAUCGCUUUCACCCGGAUUUUGCCCUGCAAGCUCUCCCGCCGCAGGAGAACCUGCUGGAGAAGGUCAAGGCCGCUCUUCAGGCCGAGCCCACUCCGGCUCCGGACUCUCCCCUGUGCGGCGAUGUGUCCGAGCGUUGGGUCGACGUCAGCUCCGUCGUCGUCGCCAAUACCGUCACCAACACCAUCAAGCGAUUCGUCUACCGUCGACUGGUUCGACCCAAAGCCUCGACUUCGACGGAAAAGGCAGGCUCGAGCAAUGCGGCCGCGUCAAACUUCAACGGCUCCAUCCUUCUGACCCCGUCCAUCUUACCCUACGAGCAUCAACUGGAGGAGGAGUGGAUUCAGGACGACAUUUCCGGUCCCGAUGAUGCCCUGCGGGACGCCAUCGAAAGGGUCGUCCAUUUCACCCCCGAGGCCAGCAAGGACAACUCGGCCGUGUCAUCCCAAGCCCCCAGUAACGAUCAAGGCAGCACCGGUAGCGGCAGGACAAUACCAGACACGUUGUCGCAAUCUACUCAGCUGGCAGAGCUGCCUCCGGAGAUACCUCGAGUGCAGUGCAAGACAGUCAUUCUGUCGACUCUGGAGGAGAUGAUUCGCGAGGCCAUCGAUUCUCGCGACCUUAAUGGCGAAGGUAGCGGCAGUUACAGGCACGGUCGUCAUCGCCGGCCGAAUCUGCUGCGCGACGCGAUUCGGCAGUGGGUGAUGAAUCUCGAUUCGAUGGAAUGA